AUGAGUGGAGUUAUCACGUUCAAAGUAACCAGUCUUCUCAUAAAAACAUUAUCCAAACCCAUAGCUAAUGCCAUCAAACGUCAAACGAGGCAAAGUGAAUUCUUCAAAUCCAAUUUUGUUAAAUUCGGACAGUUCAUCAAUAGGAUCGAUUUGAGGUUAAGAAACAACAACUCAAAUAUCAAAGUAAGACCAUUAAAUGACAAUAAAGCCAUUGAAACUGGGAGUAACUUCUUGAGUGAAGUAUUUGUAUUCAGUAUAGGAGCAGGAUUAAUCAUUUAUGAGAGUACCAAACCUAAGAAAUCGCCACCAAAAGAAGAAUCUAAAGAAAUACCUCCAUCAAACAUCAACCAAAAUGACCUUAUCAAAGUCAUUGACGAAUUAAAUGAAUUGAAACAUCAAAACCAAGUCAUAUUGAAAGAAAUCGAUAACCUAAAGUAUAAAAUGUACAUCAAAGAUCAUCCCCAACAUCCACCUACAAUAUCAUCAAAAUCAAUCAAUAUUAAUGAAGCCAAACAAUCCGUGUAA